UUUUCGUUCAUUUGCCGUCUGCUUCAUUCGUUGCUAGAAUUUCGAUUCAAAUUGUUUGUGUUCGCGGAAAAAUCAUCGGAUUUUUCACAGCAGGAAAAUCUUGUGGAGCAGUGUGUGAUUGUGUGUAAAAGAAAGGUGUGAGAAAAUUCUAAUAUAAUGCAUUGUAUGCUUAGUUUAACUGGCAAUUGGUUAAUGUGAAAUAUAGUGAAGAAAUAAUGCCAUAAGUGUAUGUAAAAAAAAUUGGAAUAGUGUUCUACAAAUAAGAAGUAUACAUAAAUAAGAAAAAAGUAAAACAAAAAGCAUUAAUACGUUCCCUACACCACGCCUACUAAACCAGGAUGGCUGCAACAGCGGCUGUCUAUAAUCGCCUACAUAGCACCAGCGGCAGCAUAGGUGGACUAAGUGCCAGCAUGGGAAGUAUGGCACAUUCGCAACUAGCGCGUUCACUGGAACGCAUCCUGGAGGAGGCACACCUAAGCGGCGAGCUGAUACUAACAAAUCGAAAACUGAAAGACUUUCCGAAAACAGGCACAAAAUAUAAUCUCACCGACACGGUGAUGGCAGAUUUAUCGCGUAAUCGCUUUUGCGAGCUACCCGAGGAGAUCACCACAUUCUCAUUUCUGGAGACGCUACUGCUCUAUCACAACACCAUACGCAGUAUUCCCGAAUCGGUGAAGCAUCUGACAUCGUUGACGUAUUUGGAUUUGCGCAGCAAUCAGCUGGCAGCGCUGCCACGUGAGAUCUGCUUUCUGCCGUUGCAAGUGUUGCUCGUGUCCAAUAAUCGCUUGGCAUCACUGCCCGAUGAGUUGGGACGCAUGGACCGCCUCACGGAUUUGGAUGCUUCGUACAAUCAACUGUCGACGCUGCCGGCGCGCAUUGGUGAGCUACGUUCGUUGCGUUCGCUAUCGUUGCGCAGCAAUCACUUGAUGUAUUUACCGCGUGAAUUGACAUGUCUAACGCUGGAAUCGUUGGACGUCAGCAAUAAUCGCAUUGCUAGUCUACCUCUGGAGAUACGCCAAAUGACAGCGUUGGUCGAAUUGAAUUUAGAAAAUAAUCCGCUUACGUCUCCACCUGCUAGUCUCUGUAUACGCGGUCUCGUACAUGUCUUUAAAUUUCUCGAAACUCAAGCGGCCAAAGAUGAGAAGGGCUCACGUGCCGGUGGCAAUUACGAUGGUUACACCACAUUGCGGCGAGCGCCACGUCAUGCCGCCAAUGGCAGUGUACUCGAAUCGAAUCGUGUGCCGCGUCAGCAUCAGCAUGGCGCUGAGUCCGGCUAUAGCACCUGUGAUGGCAUUGAUAAGCGUUGGUCACACGAUAUGCCAAAUGUUAAAACCAAAUUGGAUUCACCGGCACGUAGAACACCAACAACACCGCCCCCCUCAUUGAGUUCGGAAUUAAUGGACGCCUCGCUGACUUCCAGUUCAAGCACAAUUGUUGAUGAGUCAAUAACGUUGACAGGCAACAACACGAGCGUCGGUAGUGGUGUACAGGUCUCCCCAAUGGCGGUUGCCGCAGCUGUUGUUAAACCGUUAAAUGCAACGGAUUCGCCAACGAAACGCAAAGUGGAAAUUCAAGUAGCGGUACAAUCGGCGCCCGUCACACCGCAGCAUCAGAAUCAUGCGUUGCAACAGCAGCAACAACACCAACAUUUAAACUAUGCACAUUCGAAUUCGAAUUCGAGUAAUGGGAGUAAUAACGGGAGUAAUGGCUCAUCACCCGAACAAGAAGAUGCCAUGAUGGAGCAUUAUCAGCAGAUGGCAGCCGGACAGAAUGGCAAAAACGAUGAUAAGUCUAAUAAAAAUUUGGGGAACGUACAAACCUAUCGCGAAUACAAGGAGGCUUUAAAGCAGCAACGAAAUCUGGAAGUGUCCAGCGUUUAUAAAAUCAAAAAUAACCAAAAAAUGUUGUACGACAUGAGCGAGGCCUCGAAUGCCUUGAAUUCGAUAGCGGGCAAUAUGUCACACCAUGAUGAACUCAAUGGUGUUGGCAGCGAUAAUGGCUGCAACGAAAUGAUACGAAUUGUGAAUGGUGCCAAUAAUAUACCACAACCGAAAUCGAUAAUGAAGAAUGGUGGCGGCGGCGGCGGCAUCGGUGUUGUUGCCACCAAUGGUGGACUAAAUAUGCUAAAUGGCAUGUUGAAUGGUGUUAAUGGCGGCGGUGGUGGUGGUGUUGUUGUUGGUGAUGCUAGCAGCGAUUACUGUGUUGUAAUACCAAAGAAACCGGUACAAAAAGUGACGCCGUCACGGAAUACCGAAUUAAUGUCGUCGCUGGCGACGUCAAAGCAAAUGCAAACAAAUACAGCUGCAAUAACUGCAGCAACUGCCGAGGAAUUGGAAAAAAUGCUGUUAUUACAACAACAGCAACAACAAGUUGUGAACGGUGAUUGCAUGGGUUAUGUGAAACCCAAUAGUCCAAUGAAAACGCUUAAUGGUGUCGGCACUGGUGGUGGCGGUACGGUUGGUGUUGGCAUACUUGCGAAUAAUAAUAAAAUUCCUACAAUUGGUGGUCUCAAAUCGCCUGUAAGUGGCACAAAUAAAUUGGGUACGGCGAAAACGCAUCGCACUGUCACCUGGAAUCAUGACAUACCUGCAGAGAAAUUAAGCUUUACUAUGCGUCGCGAAUUCGAUCGACAACGUGAGGAGACUGAACUAAUGACUCAGCUGCGGAGUAUCAUUGAAACACGUCUCAAAAUGACACUACCCGAAGAUAUAGCAUCCGCUUUAACCGAUGGCGUUAUUCUAUGUCAUUUAGCCAAUUAUGUGCGUCCACGUUCGGUUGCUAGUAUACAUGUGCCAUCGCCUGGUGUUUCGAAAUUAACAAUGGCCCGUUGUCGCAGAAAUGUCGAUAAUUUUCUGGAAGCUUGUCGCAGAAUCGGCGUAGAUGAGGAGUUGAUUUGCUCCUGUGCAGACAUUGUGCCCCCCUCCGACGACGGAUCCAACAGCAGCAACAGCAAUAACAACAAAAAUUCCUUGAAUAACAAUGAACCCCAGCAAAUCCAAAAUGAAAUUUCACAAACACUACCGAAUCCUUCGGCUGUUUUGAAAACGGUUUCCGCGCUAAUUGCCUUGGAUUAUAAUCCACAUCAUCAGAAUAUACGAAAUUUGCAACAACAAUACGAGUUGAAAUUGAAAUUGCAAAGGCAACAGGAGAAAUUGAAGCAACAACAGCAAGAAGAAGAUGAAGUGGAAGUAGAAGCAGAAAAUAACGUAAAACAAGAAGAACAACAGCGUAGUAACCCACAAACAACUUUUGAUUUUCAACGUCGCUGUGUUUUAACGCAGGAUGGCCGUAUUGGCGCUGGCGCCUUUGAGCACGAAUAUGAGCACCAACUCACUGCAACCUGCACCAAAGAACAGAUGAUGCAGCCAACAUUGCAUACGCUUGGCCUAGACAAUUCCACAUUUAAUUUGAGUGCCAAGUGUCAUUUCGAUGUGACCGUGCUAACGAAUGGACACGGUGUCGGUGUCGGUGUCGCAAGUGGUCGCGGUGGUAGUGUUGGUGUUGAUGAUUAUGAAAAAGUGAACGCAAAAGAUUUUGAUAGUGAUGAUAUUGAUGAAGGCGUCGGCGCUGAGGAGGAAGAGCGUGAUGAAUUUGACGCGCCCUCAAACGGGGAUCCAUAUGCGCAAAGUCAUGCACACAAACAAAAAUCGCAGCGGAGUAACAACCAUAAUGUUGCCGAUUUUUUUCGUCAUGCCAAAUUGAAGACAUUUCAGAAAAUUAAAUUCAAUCUACUCUCCUCCUCGGGUGCCACCUCAUGCAUCAAUUAUGGACAUGUGAAUAAUAGUCAGUGUAUGUUGCAAACCAUUGUGGAGACGGAGAGUGAAGUAAUUGGCGGGGCUACCGAGAGCAGCAGUAAAGGCAGCAACAACAACAACAGUGGCGGUGGAGGGGGCAGCGGCGCUUACCAGCUGAUCAACGAGAAGCCAACAUUCAACGAGGAGCUUAAACUGAAGGUGGAAAGCCGCGCAAUAGAUGGCGCCGGCAACAAAUACAAGUUAUACGAUUUAGCUACAUUGCAGCAGAAAACACCUACCGUAGAGGUGGAAGAGGCGCUACCGAUUGUCUCGAAACGUAUCGAAUUCUUCGAACACUCAUCUGCUGGCAAAACAAACUCAAACUCAUUGAAUAAUAGUUUAAAUGGCAGCCUUAACAGCAGCACCAAAUCGAAAUCACCAAACGCAGCAACAACUACAGCAACAGCGUCAGCAGCAGCAACAAAAUCUAGUACUAAUAGCAUUUUCAGCAUAUAUCGCGUAGUCGAUGUGAACGAUGAGAAGUUGGUCAUCAAUAGUGGUAAACUCUUGAAUGAAAGUAAUGCGACUGGGGGUCUUGCAACAGCAGAGAAGGAGGUAGGCACUUCUUAUCUGCUGAAGCAUGAUUCGCAUGUGCUUACAAUCAUUUUGUCAUGUGUCUUCAUUGUCACAUUUUUGCUUUUGGUCUUCUUCCCACUGCCCGGGUAGGAGAUGCAACACAGAGAACUGUUGUAUGCCACAUUGCUUUAUAGAGCUUAAGUAUAUAUUUGGUCUUGGAAAAGGUAUGAAAGUGUCGUUGAAGCUUAAGUUGACCACAUUAUAAGUAUUUUUGCCUUGUUUUCUAUGGCGCUUGUAAAAUUAAGAAUCAUAAUUAAGGCAGUCAAUUUACAAAAAAAAAAUGAAGCAUUUGAAAGUUUUAAUGCGUGAGUCGCCUCAUGCUUAAAAUAUUUGUUGAAGAAAGACUAGUUUUACAUUUUUAAGUUGCAAAAACACUAUUAUUUAUUUUAUAUUUGUUAAAUGCGAUUUUUUUUCGAACUAACUUCGAGAACUAAGCAUCUAUUAAAUAUGUUUUUGCUUAGUUUAUUAAAAUAUAAUUUAAAAUAUUAUAAAGUAUAUAAAGUUGAGAUUUGUAAAAAUGUGUUAUGAAAGAAAAAUAAUAAUUUAAAACUUAUUUAACAACUUAAUAUUUUUCUAUUGAUCAAUACGACUAAUACUGCUAAAUAAUUUGAGAAGCUUAUGCCAUUUUAAUAAAUAAACAUUUAAGAUUGCAUAGUUUAUUACUUAAGUGCUUAAUAAUAUAUGUAAAAGUAUAUAUAACCUAACUUUUUUUUACAAUACGUACUGUUAAAAUUUGAAUACGUAAUUUUUUUCACAUUAAGAUCCUUUUAUAUUGAUCUAAUUUCAUUACAACUGCUAAAUUUAUAUAUAAUUUAUUUAAUAUAUUUCAUAUUAGUAUUUAUAUAAUUAGCUUGAGCUUUAGAGAUAUCGAAAUGAUAACAUAACCUGAAAAUAACUACAUGAAUUAGUUACUUCGAUUAUGUUGUAUCCUCAACUGAAGUUAUGUUCUUAUAACUAUGAAAAAAAAUUAAUUAUUUUAUAAUCGUCAGAAUGAAGUUCGAAAGUUAAUGCUAAGAAUAGUCGUACUUAUCUUGAAGUAUAGAACCCAUUUUGUAUUUAUUUUAAUACUGAAACACAGUAUUUUUAGGUACUAAAUCCUUCGAAAUUUUUUUGUGGAAAAGACAGUUAAUUUCAUAGUCUCUCCAUUUCUCAUUCCUACCAACAAUUUAUCCAUCCCAAUUGUGUCAUAUUAGGGAUAUCAAGAAUUUUUUUGUUUAAAAAUUUUCACUUUUCCAACUGAGAUUCCAAAGUUUAUUCAUUUUAUUAAAACCAAAGUUGAAUAUUCAAAUCAAAAUAGCAUUGUAAAGUGUUAGUCUAUAUAGUAUAUUGAUUAAAUAUCUUUUGAAAUCAUAGCUAUAUUUAAGCGUGGUCAUGAAAGUUAGGAGUUCGAGGUUAACUUUUACGGAAUAACAUUGUGUUUUUUUGUAAAUAUUUUGCGUAGUGAAAUAAAAGUCUUGAUAACACAUACACUUUGAACUCGCGUAAAUUUUAGGACUGUCCAAUAUUGUUAUUAAAAUUUUAAUAAAUUUGAUUUUUUAAGAAAUUAAUCAGUUAGAAUAUACGUAGUAUAUUAGUUAUAUAUCCUUUUAUUUUACUUUUUUACUGGCUACUAAUAAUUGUAAUAUUCACCAUACGUUAUAGGUUUAACGGGUUUAUUUCUUAAAAACCAUAUUAAAAUACAUUUGACGUAAUUUGAAGUUACAUAUACCUAUUUCAUUAAUAUAAGUAUAAACAACAUUUAUCUGAGCAGAGGCUGCAUAUUUUCAUGCAUAACAGUACUUAAAAGUGCAUUUUCGUAAUGAAACGAACACCAAAUUAUUUGUAUAGACUUGAAAAUGAAAGUUUUUAUAUUAACUUUAAACUUUUCUAUGCUUUAUAUUGAAAGGCUUUCGAUUAAAAUUGAUGCGUAUAUAUGUCGAUAAAAAAAAUUAAAAACGAAUGGCGAUUUAAAAAAGAAAUUGGAUUAAAAAACUAAUUAAUAAUUAACUUUACAUCACAUAUACAUUUUAUAAAAAGUCAAUCUCCUUAAAUCUUGUGUGUAUAGUAUAAGCGAUCGGGGAAAAAAUUUGAAUGAAAUAUUUAUCGGCAACAAAUAUUGCAUACUUUUAAGCACGGAGCACAAAAACGAAUCCGAUUUUAUAUGUAAUGAUUCUUUUAUGUUUUUGAAACAUGUUUUUUAAUUUGCCAAUAAUUUAGAAUUAUUACUAAGAAAAGAAAGAAAUUGAAAAUAAUUUCUGAAACUAAUUUAAUGUAAUUUACUAUAUAUGAAUACCUUGUUUAGUAGUAUAAGGGUUUAUUAUUUUUGAAAGUUUUCUAAAUAAGCGUUAACAAAAUCAUAUUAUUUUAAAUUUUUUUUUUAAAUUAUUUUUUAAAUUUUUUAAUUUUUUAUAAAUUUUUUUUUAUUUAUAUUUUUAUAUUUUUAAUUUUCUAUUCUCUCAUUAUAAUGUAUUACAAAUCGAGUAUAUAAUCAAAGGACUUAAGUGCAUAAAUUGCACAUUAUCUAUUCCAGUUCUGUCAAGGAACUCUAAACUUAAUUAUAUUUAACAUUUUUUCUUCGAAAAUCGCUAAUUUAAUAUUUAAGAAAAUUGAAAUUUAAAAUUAAAAUUAAUGAAAAUUAAAAUUGAAAUGAAAAACAAACGACUCAAUUCCUUUUUUAAAGCGCACUAAAUUCCAUAAUUGCAUUCAUUUCUAACACUUGCCAAACUAAAUG